UUGACCACGAAGAACUUGAUUCGCGGAGAUGGUGAAGCAGACGAUCCAGAUUUAUGCCCGGGUGAAACCUUUGGGCAAGAGGCAGACCCUCGGGAUAUAUUCAGUUGAUGAAAAUGAGACAUCAGGAUUUGGUCUGGAAAUUAUUGUACCACGUGAUUUGUCGGAUGGAUUUGUCAAUAACAAACGAGAAAGCUAUAAGUUUAAAUUUCAGAAAGUAUUUGAUCAGGAAUCAAAACAAGAUGAUAUUUUUGAAACUAUUGCCAAGCCAGUUGCAGAAUGUGUUCUGUCUGGUUAUAAUGGAACUAUAUUUGCCUAUGGACAAACUGGCAGUGGCAAGACUUUUACAAUCACUGGGGGAGCAGAACGUUACAGUGAUCGGGGGAUAAUUCCACGGACCCUGUCUUACAUAUUUCAGAGGUUGCAAAAGGAUAUCAGUAAGGUUUAUACCACACAUAUUUCUUACUUAGAAAUUUACAAUGAGUGUGGUUAUGAUCUGCUAGAUCCACGGCACGAAGCCUCCAACCUGGAAGACUUACCAAAGGUGACAAUAAUGGAGGAUCCUGAUCAGAACAUUCACCUGAAACAUCUCUCUUUGCAGCAAGCAACCAAUGAAGAAGAAGCUCUGAAUCUGCUUUUCUUAGGUGACACAAACAGGAUGAUUGCAGAGACUCCAAUGAAUCAAGCCUCCACACGUUCACAUUGCAUUUUCACCAUUCAUAUCUCAAGCAAAGAACCGGGAUCAGCAACCAUUCGGCGUUCCAAGCUACACUUAGUGGACCUGGCUGGUUCAGAGCGUGUUGGGAAGACUGGAGUGGGAGGCCAGCAACUGACAGAGGCCAAAUAUAUCAAUCUGUCUCUUCAUUAUUUGGAACAGGUAAUCAUUGCUCUGUCAGAAAAAAACAGAUCUCACAUCCCCUACAGAAACUCCAUGAUGACUUCAGUACUAAGAGACAGCCUGGGAGGGAAUUGCAUGACAACAAUGAUUGCAACGCUCUCGGUAGAAAAAAGGAACAUAGAUGAAUCUAUAUCAACCUGUAGAUUUGCUCAGCGAGUUGCUGUUAUUAAGAAUGAAGCUGUUCUAAAUGAAGAAAUUGAUCCUGGAUUGAUGAUUAUGCGUCUGAAGAAGGAAAUCCAGGAAUUAAAAAAUGAAUUGGCCAUGGUGACUGGUGAACAAAGAUUUGAAGAACUCUCAAAAGAAGAGCUGCUAGAAUUAGAUGAACAAGUUAAAGAAUUUCUGGAAGAUACUGAUCCUGAAAACGUUUUGGAAAUUGGGGCUGACAUGCGGAAGAUAAAAUACUGUUUCAGCCACUUAAAACCAGGAGUGGGAAAAGAAAUGUCACUUGGACGCCAAGAAGCCUUUGAAAUUUUCAAAAGAGAUUAUGUAGAUAGCAUAACUAUUGAAGACAAUAAACAACUCCUUAAACAAAGGUUUGCUGAAGCCAAAUCUUUGGGACAAAAAGUAAAUGAUGUAAGAAAUCAAAUCAAUCAUCUGAAAGAGGAGAUAAUCCAGAGGCACAUGCAAAAGGCAGCACAAGCUCUAAUCAGUCCUCGAGAAAUGAAUCAACCUGAUCCAGUAGAAGAGGGACUUCGAUCACAAAUUGAACAGAAAAAAAUAAGUUAUAAAACAAUGUUUACUCACUUGAAGGGGCUGAAGAUAGAGAUUGAACACUUGCAGCUCCUCAUGGAAAAAGCAAAAGUGAAGUUGCAAAAAGAUUUUGAAGCUUGGUGGUCUGAGGAAACAAAAAGCUUGCAGAGCCAAGAAGAAACUUCACUUUUGCAGAAUUCAACCAGUGUUCUAAAGACUCUUCCCUUGUUUUUUGAAAAUCAGCUAUAUCCAGGUACUCUCAGGGUUCCAAAUAACAGUAGAGCCAGCUCCAAUGAACAGUCAACUGUGCAGAGCAGUGUGAGCAGACUCAGCAACUCAAAUUCACAAAUGAGGAUUUCACAAGAUCCAAGCUCUACCAUCCCUUUCACAGGAGAUCGUCAAACUGAUGCUGAUAUUAUAGCUUUCAUUAGAGCUAGAAAGAACCUCUUACAUAAAAAAGGUAAUUCUUAUUCAAAUUGUUAGUUGACCAAUUAUAUGUAUAAUAAGCUUUAAAAAUUC